AUAACUAAUUAAUUAAAGAGAAUAGUAGAAUACAGAAAUACAUUGAAUAAGCUAUUAUUUUUUAUUCUACAUAACUUAUAAGCGAGCAUAUAUUUAUCUAGUAAAUAAAAGGAACAGAUGUCAAAUUAUCCUACUUCUCCUAUUGUAAAUAAAUAUUAGAGCAAUAUUAACUAAGAUGGUUUAUAAAACUCAAGUUACAGCAAAAAAAUCGGUAGUGAUAAUCAUGAGACAUCAGAUUAGAUUUCGUUUUUUGAUCAUUAGUUUUAAAAAUAAGAAACAAUUUACUUUAACAGUAGUAAGAAAGAGCUAAUUAAUUCAUAAUACUAAAAAUAAAAAUUUAUUGAUAAAAGAAUUAGCACUGAAAGUAGCAGCUAGAUUUAAAAAAUGAAUGAGUUAUCUUAAACAACUUUUAAUUCAAUUAACAGAAAAAACUCUUUAAAUGCUGAAAUCAUUAAUAAAUAAAAUAAAACCGAUAGAAGUAUUUCAGUCAAGUAAUUAAAUAUGAAGGAGUAUUUUUCUAAAAUUUUAAAAAAACCAAACACAAGUAUCAAAUCUAAUAAUUAGUCUAAUUUAAGCCCAUACUUUCAAAAUACUGAAUCGAGUGAAAAAACUGAUAGAAAAAUGCUGACAAAUUAUGAAGGAUUUAUUCCUUAGUAGAUGAAGGACAAAAGAAUUUAAAAUAUAAGUAAGAAUAAAUAGGAUAAAAAUCUUUUAUCUGAGUAAAAAAGCUUGCUUAAUCUUGUAGAUAAGAUAAGCAAUUAAAGUAAAGAAAUGCAAUUCAAUGGUAAAGAAGAAUUUUUAACUUCUCGAUCAUACAUACCAUCUUAAAUUCAUAACGAAACUAUGUUUAGAUUAAAUAAAUUAAAUGUACUUCCUAGCAUAUAAACUACGCCAUUAAAUACAAAUAACAUAGAUUUUAGGAAUUACUCUAAUUUAUCAAGCUUAGAAAACCAUAAAGUUAAUCUGAUUGACUAGAAAAUUGGUGAGAAAGAAUACUAUGAUACACCUUUGCUAAGUCCUACUAAGAUAAAUAGUAUUGAGGCUUGCAGGCUAUUUAAAGAUUAAACUUUAUAUUAACAGUUUACAACAAAGGGAGUUGAGUACAACACUGACUUAGAGCACAUUAAAAAAUUAGAAAAAACUAAGAUAGUCAACCUGUUAGAUAUAAAUUAAAUAGAUAUUAGCAAAGAAGAUGCUGCUAAACUUUUAUAAUCUUUUUAAAGUAGUGCAAAUAAAUCUAAUUUGCAUUUACCAUUGCAUAAUAAACACAAAAAUGUCACUUCUAGAAAAGAUGUUGAAGAUUUAGAGCAGUGGUUGAAUUAUAUGACUUUACAAGUGCUAUCAAAUAAAUAAUUAGAUGGGUCAAGUUUAUUCUAAACAUUACAGUAAAUAUUUUGUGCAUGUUUGAAUGAGCUGAUUAGAUAAGUUUCUCUUUAAUGUCUUGAAAGAGGAUCUCUUAUUAGAAGAGUUUGGGAAUCCUAUAUUGGUUUGUUUUCAAAGAUAAUUUAAGUAAAAUCAGAAGAAAGUUCAAAGAUUGAAGGAUAAUCUUUAGCUGAAGCAACAAGACUACACAAAAACUACUAAAAUCAAAUAAAUUAACUAUCACAUUAGCUAAAUGAAACUUAGAAAAAUUAUGAAUAAGCAAAAGAGAAAAACAAAAGAUUAAAGUUUCUAAACUAAUAAUAGAGCGAAAGAGUUAAAUUUUUUGAGGGUUAAAGUGUUUUAAAAAUUAAUGAAAUUAAUGAAUUAAAAUAUAAUAUAUCUGUCUUAUAAAAUGAAAAUCAAAGAAUUUUCAGCUACGUUAAAGAAAUGGGAAUUUUAGAUGAUUCCAAGCUGAGAGGAAAUAAAAUUUAAUAAGAAUUUUUAGAAUCCUUUACUAAAUCUCAACAAAUGAGCUAUUAGAGUGGACUUAUUAAUUAAUUUUCACUUUUUGAGAGAGCUGAUAAAUCACCUAUGAGUAAAUUAGAGUUCAAAAAUAAUAAAAUUAAACGCAGUCUCUCUUUAAACUUUGGAGAUGAUGAAUGGCUCUAAGAAAAUAAACUAAUUAAAGAGAAUGAAAAAAGGGAAUUAUACUACAGAUUGAAAUCAGAUAUAUGUAUUUUAAGUACUAAGAAUGAUAUAAGCAAGUCUGAUGAAAACAAUAAAGGUGUUGACACAUAAGAGUUAAAUGAAUUUGCAUAACAAGAUUUACAAAAACUUGAUAAAUAUGUUAAAAUAUUAAAAAGCCAACUUUAUAAAUCUAAAAAAACAAUAUAAACUCUUCAGCAAUAAUAAUAACAAAAAGAAGAAAAAAUUAAAACUUCAAGUCGCAGCAUACAAAACUCAUCUCAUCAUUCUAAGUAAAAAAGUAAUAUUAGCGAAAGCUAAAGGCAUAUCUCUAAAUAAUCAGUGAAUUUAUAAUUAGUAUGCACUAUGUGUCAGCAAAAAUAGAAUGAAUAGAAUGAUUAUACUCCUAGUCCAAAUCGCCGAAAAGCAAGCAAUUUUAAUUUUAACAAAGAUUCUGAAAUGAAUUUAAUAAAUAAGAAUAGCUUUUUAGAAACAAUUUCACCUUAUUCUGAAAAAAAAGAAAUUUAAAAAAGGAAGGUAAGUAACACUUCUUAGAUUAAUUCUACAAAGAGCAACAACAUGCAAAGUUUAUAACAUAUAUAAGAAGAAGAAAAAGAUUUUUUAAAUGCUAAUUAAGACUAAGAUCGUAGUCUAAAAAGUAAUGUGUCAAGUUAAAAAAUAAAAUCAAUAAUAAUCAUUGAUAAGAGCAGUAAGCAAAUAUCUAAGGCAAAUAUUUAGUCAGCGAAGAGCUAAUAAAGCCUUAUUUUCGAUAAAAAGAUUAAAUAAGCUCAAUCUGUUAUAAGCAAUUAAAUGAUCAAAUCUAAAUCAAAUAUUUAGGAAUAUGAAAAUUUCCUUAAUGAAUUCUACCAAGAAGCUAAUUAGUACCUCAAUUUAGAGAUUAAACAAGAAAAAGAAAGCAUAAAUACAAUAGCUAAAAUUCUUGAUCAGAUUAACUCAUAAAAUUCAGAUACUAAUAUAAAACAGUUUCUAGAGCAUUUUGCUAAAGCUAGAAGUUAUUUAAAUGAAAAGUUAAAAGAGUCUAAAUAAUCUUCAAUAUAAAACAAUAUCUAAGUACCAGUCAUUGAGAUAAAUUAGAUAAAUAACAAUCUAAAAUAAACUCCUAAAAAUAAUAAACAGACAAAGACUUAAAAAAAGAAUCCAAAUAACUUAAACUUAAAUGUAAGUAAAAGUUCACCUCGUAAAUCAAUCCUAUUUACCUAGCCAAAUAAUAUUAGUAGGAGUAAUUAAUCAAAGAAUCAGCCAUUAUAACAAUAAUAGUAAUCGUAGUAAGUUCUAUAGUAAAGCUCUUUUCGAGUGGAAUCCUAAAAACUAAAUAUAGAGUCUGAGGAGAUAAAUAAUAUUUAAAAUGAAAUUAAAAGAGUUCCAUCUAUUAUUGAGGAUGUUGAAAAUGAGACUUUAUAAUUAGAAAUAUAAAAAAUAAAAAAUACUUUAGAAUUUUAUCAUUAAUUAAUUUUAGAUAUUUUAAAUCACAUCAAUAUAGAACCACUGCCUGAAGAGUUAUAAUUAAGGAUUAAAUUAUGGAUGCAGUAAUAUGCAGGUUAAAAUGUUAAUAAUUUUUUAUAAUAAAUAGAGUUUUAACUAAACAACUCAGAUAAAAAUAAAAAGAUGUUAAAUUAAAGUUUAGUUUCUAAAUCUAAUUUUAAUAUUGAUGGUACAAACAAUUAAAAUUCACAUACGAAAAAGGAAAAAAGCUCUUACAACAUCGAGUAGCUAAAAAGUCUUCAUUCAUUUAAUAAAUUUAAUGAAGUCUCAAAUAGCCAAAAUCACAAAAAUAAUCAUCUAAAAAUAAUUAGUGAUAAAGAACUUAAUUUGACAGGCACUGAUGAUUCGUUGUCUUUUUCUAAGCUACCACAAAUAAAUUUUUAAAAUAGCAGUCCUACAAAGCAAGGAAUCAAAACAGUUAGUUCUAUAGAAUCACCUCAUACUAAUCAACACAAAUAAAAACAAAAAUUCUUUAAUUAUGAUGAAAAGAAAUAAAAAAGAGGAUCAGUUUUGUUUUCAUAGAAUUAAUUUGACUAAUAUGAUAAUUUUAAUGAUUAUGAAAGUGGAGGGUAAAAUGUUGUGUUAUAUGCAAAAAAAGGGAAAAAAAAAAGUGAUAAAGGUGCUGUUAGUAUUAAUCAAGAAGCAUCCUAUAAAUUAGUACAGUCAAUUGUAGAUAAAUAAAAAAUUAGCUAAAUUAAGCCCCAUAUGUCAAAGUUUAAUUUGAUUAAAUUUAUAUCUGUAGUUUAUCAAGAAAGAAUAAGAAUAGCUUAAAACUACAACAACAUGAUCUAUACAAUAGCAUACGAUUAUCUUCUUAAUAAAUAUGGACUUAAAAGAGUCGCUGAGAAAAAAUUGUCAUAGUAUCUAGAAACUUGUUACUUUUACUAGGAUAUUCCUAGAGUUAAGCUCUUUGGUAAUUUUAUGCAACUAUAUUCUGAAAAUGAAUGUUUUGAUAAAGAUGAAUUUAAUUUCUAUAUCAGUAUCCUAAAGUUAAUGGAUGAAAAGACCAAUACAGGCUUAGGUUUAGUUUAAACCUUCAAUGAAAGAAUACUAUGCAGCUUUGAAAAGGUUAUAGAAUAUAUGUAACUAAACUUUUCAAAUGAUAGCCAAAAAAAAAAUGAUCAGAUACUUAGAUAGAUUUAAUAGAUAGCAAUAAACGUAGGGAAUCAAUUAUUUGUUGAUAUUGACUAAACAUUUAAAAUUAUCGUGUCUCUUUACUAAAAUAAAAAAGAAGAAAUUGAAAAUAAUGUAAAAAAACUAUUCUAUGCAGCAGAUCUUGACAAGAAUGAUUGCAUUGAACUUAAUGAAUUUAUUACAAUAUACCGUUAUCUAGAGAGUGAAACAUUUAAUAGCAAUGAAGUUCAAAAUUUAUUCAUCAAUUCUGCUGACAUGGUAACAUGUGAAGGGGAAAAAGCUUUUUCUUUAGAUAGAUUUGCAGCAGUUUGCUUAGAUUAUUAGCUGUUUUCUCUUUAAAAGUAGUAACAAUUUUCUUAAGCCUUUAGCCAACUAGAUUAUGUAUAAUCUAUAGAGGAUUUAACAAAGAAUUUCCACAAAAAAUUUAGAGAAAUAAAAGCAAGAUUAUAGUUUGCAAAUCAAUAUACAAGCUAAUUUAUAGCAAUAAUAGAUUCUAUUUGCUAACUUAUUCAACCAUAAAAUAUUUAGGAUAAUGCAAAUAAAGACAUGCUUUGGAUAUCUUAUAGGUUGUUGGAUGAAGAAUCUAAGAGGCUAUAUUUAGAAUAGCUAUCAUUUGAUCUUUUAUCAGCAGAAUUUCAUUAGUUGUAGCAAGUAUAUAGCGAGAUAGAUUAAAAUCUUAUUUGA